GGCUGCGGAGCAUCUCGGCCCGGCCGGCCGGGCGCUACAAUCAGCCGGGCGGGGAGCGCAGCCCCGCGGGCCGCCCGGCGCCCUGCUCCAGCCUGGCCCCGAUCCCUGCGUCCCGCCCCCCGGCCAGCCCCGGGGCCAAGGGGCCGGAGGCCAGGGGGAUGGCCGCAGCGGGCUCUGCUCAGGUAGCGUUCGAGGAUGUUGCGGUCUAUUUCUCCCCAGAGGAGUGGGCGGUGUUAGCGGAAUGGCAGAGGGAGCUGUACCAGGAUGUGAUGAGGGAGAACUACGAGCUGGUCACCUCGCUGGGGUGGCCUGCUGUCAAACCAGAGAUCAUAUGUAAAAUUGAGCAAGAAGAAGAGCCAUGUGUUGGAGACUCUCCGCAUCCCAGAGAGUGGGGGACCCCCCAAAGCUUCUGGUCAGUAGAUGAUGGAAUCAGGAUUAAAAAGGAGGAGCAGGAGGAAGACACAGAGACCCCGGAACCACCCAGUGCAUUCUCGGGAAAGUUGGAGGAAGAGAGCAGCCCGCCGCGGUGUGUGAAGAAGAAGAGGAGCAGCCUGGCUCAAAGCAAAUCCCGCCAGAAGCUGCGAAGCCGUGUGGCCAAUGCUCAGGACAAACCCCCGAGGGCUCCUCCCCCAAAAGCCUCGCUAAAGAAGAUUCCCCCGACAUGUCCAGAGUGCGACAAAAGCUUCAAGAGUAACACGGCCCUGACCAUCCACGAAAGGAGUCACACAGGGGAGCGGCCCUUUAAAUGUCCUGAGUGCGGGAAGGGCUUCCCAUCCAAGGGGGACCUGAAGAGACAUCAGAAAACCCACGUGGGGAAGAAGGAUGCUGCCCUCGAGAGAGGGAGGAGGCUUCCUGAGAAGCUGCAGCUCCUCGGGCACCAGAGAAGCCCUCAGGCACCCAAGAGGCCGUACACAUGCGCUCAGUGCGGGAAGAGCUUCAACAAGAGCAGAGACCUCAGAAAGCACCAGCGCACCCACACGGCAGAGAGGCCGUUCCUGUGUCUGCAGUGCGGGAGCAGCUUCCGGCUCAAGCAAAUCCUUGUGUCCCACCAGAAAGUGCACAAGGGAGUGAAGCCAUUCCAGUGCUCGGACUGCGGGAAGAACUUCAGCCAGAAACACCAUCUCUUGAGCCACCAGCGUACCCACACCGGGGAGAAGCCCUUCUCCUGCACUCAGUGCGGGCACAGGUUCAGCCAGAAGCACCAUCUGAUCAGCCACCAGCGCAUCCACACCGGGGAGCGGCCUUUUGCCUGCACCGAGUGCGGGAAGAGCUUCAAGGACAAGAAAACCCUCAUCAUCCAUGAGCGGAUCCACACAGGCGAGAGGCCCUACAAGUGCAACGAGUGUGGGAAGACCUGCAGCCAGAAGCAGCACCUGAAAAGCCACCAGAGGGUCCACAGGGGCAAGAGGCCACGUGGCAAAGGGGAGGAAGGCCUGGAGGAUGAUGUGGGUUUCUGCCGCCAGAAGGUCCAGGCAGAGGAGAAGCCGUAUCAGUGUGCGGAAUGCGAGAAACGGUUCCGGGACGAGCGGAUAAUGCUGGCACACCAGAGAACCCACACUGAGCAGGCGCUGCUGAAGAGCACAAGGACAGGCGCCAGUCGGAGCCCACAGCCCAUGGUCCAGCAAAAGCCCUUCACCAGCAUCCCACAGUGCAGGGCAAAUGUCAGCCAGAAGCCACCUCUUAGAGCCCACCAGCCAACCCCGGCUGGAAAGAGACCUUUUGUGUGCAAUGAGUGUGGGAAGAGGUUCGUGCAGAGCAAACACCUUGUGCUACAUCAGAGGAGCCACACGUGGCCGUCCCAGGAACUGCAGCAGGGAAAGCAGAAGAACACCGACAGCAACGCCGGUGGCUAUACUGCCCCAGCCCUUUCCUCCGGCCAGGCCACUGUCAGAUGGAGGAGACCCUGCGGGGAAGGGCUGGGGGCGGUACAGCUGCCCACCCAGUGCCCCUCCCACGUUCUGCUGUUCCUCUUUCCGACGCGUGCACAAGCCCCUUUCCCCGGGGCAGGUCCCCCUCGGGGCUGCGUGGAAGCCACGGGCGGGUACGAGGUGGGACGUAGGGGCCUUUCCCCGCUGCAGCAGCCCCGUUCCCAUGCAGGCGCUUGCGCUGCGGAGGGUCCCGGGGUGCAACACUCGCGGCUGGCCGCCCAGCCACCCUGGGUGCGGGCGCGGGACCCCGCUAGGACCCAGCCCGGGGAGCUCCGGGGCCAGGCGAGCGGGAGGCGGCCCCGCGCUGCGGGGCUGCCGGGAGCUGUAGUUUUUUCUCCCUCCGCAGCAGGGGGAUGCCCGGGGCCCCCGGCGCGGCUCCCCGGGAGAGCCGGAGACCGCCGCGCCCGAGCUCCGGGGGCUCCCCGGGCCCGGCUGCCCGCGCACCCCGCGCAGCGCAUCCUGCGCCCGGACCGCUCCCAGCCGGGGGCGCGCAGCCAUUGCGCCCGGAGCUCGCCGAGCUUUGUCCCGACGCGCCUGCCCGGCCGAGCCCAGGGGACGAUGCCCGGCGGGGGCCGGGCGCAGGUGCCGGUGGCGUUCGAGGACGUCGUGGUCUAUUUCUCCCCGGAGGAGUGGGCGGAGUUAGCAGAAUGGCAGCGGGAGCUGUACCGAGAUGUGAUGAAGGAGAAUUACGAGCUCAUCUCCUCCUUGGGGUGUCCGGGUGCCAAACCAGAGAUCAUCUGUCAGAUGGAGCAUGGGGAGGAGCCAUGUGUGGGGGAGCCUCAGGGCUGGAGAGAGAGGAGACCCCAGAGCCCCUGCUCACCAGGUGUUGGCAUCACCAUUAAAAAGGAGGAGCAGGAAGAGGGAUGUCUUGGUCAGGAAGAUCCCAAAGCACUGGCACCACCAGGGACCGUAUCCGGAAUAGGGGGGGAGAAAGGUCUCCAGCUCUUGGAACUAAAAAGCUGCAAGAGCGAAAGCUUGUCCCGCCGGAAGCAAAAAACCCAGGCCGGAGACCCUCAGGGGAGACGAACCGGGAGGGUGGCAGAGAGGCCUCAUGCAUGCCCGGACUGUGAGAAGAGCUUCAAGGACAAGACGGCUCUGAUAAUCCACCAGCGGAUCCAUACGGGCGAGAAGCCCUUUGCCUGUGCUGAGUGUGGGAAGCGCUUCACGCAGAAGCAGCACCUCACCACCCACCAGCGCACCCACACCGGGGAGCGCCCCUUCUCCUGCACCCAGUGCGGCAGCAGCUUCCGGCUGAGGAAGGUCUUCUUGACCCACCAGCGGGUCCACGCUGGGGAGCUGCCCUUCACCUGCGGCGAGUGUGGGAAGAUCUUCAACCACAAGCACCACCUGAUCACGCACCGCCGCACCCACACGGGCGAGCGCCCCUUCCCCUGCACCCAGUGUGGCAAGCGCUUCACCCAGAAGCACCAUCUGCUGAGCCACCAGCGCAGCCACACGGGCAAGCGGCCCUUCUCCUGCGCCCAGUGCGGGAAGAGCUUCAAGGACAAGACGCCGCUGAGCAUCCACCAGAUCGUGCACACUGGGGAGAAGCCAUUCUCCUGUGAGGCUUGUGGGAAGAUUUUCAGCCACAAGCACCACCUGGUGAUCCACCGGAGAACCCACACCGGUGAGAAGCCCUUCACCUGCACUGAGUGCGGCAAGCGCUUCACGCAGAAGCACCAUCUCGUCAGCCAUCAGCGCAUCCACACCGGGGAGCGCCCCUUCGCCUGCUCCCACUGCGGGAGGUGCUUCAAGGACAAGAUCACCCUGAAGCUGCACGUCAGGCUGCACACCGGGGAACGCCCCUUCGCCUGCGCCGAGUGCGGGGAGAGCUUCCGCCUGAGGAAGGUGCUGCUCACCCACCAGCGGGUGCACACGGGGCAGGCCCCGCUGAUAUGCUCCGAGUGCGGGAAGAGCUUCAAUCAUAUGCAGCGCAUGGCCGUGCACCAGACGAGCCACCAAGCCCAGCAGGGGCCGUUCCGGAGAGCUCAGCGCAGGGAGAGCUGCUCAGGGAAACCACAGCUCCUAGUGCACCAGCAAGGCCAGCCCGCUGACUACUCGGCACACACAGUGACCUUCCAGCCGCAAGCACCUGCGGGUUCCCUCUGCCGAUCAGGCAGAGUAAGUCCUGGGCCUGACAAAGCACCUUCUGCACAAUUAUACACAGAGCCGGCCCGGCGGGAUUGCCCAGAAGACACCAUCGGACUGCUGGGAGCAGGGAAAGCGUCACUCACAAGCACAGUCUGAACACCCUCUGCCCCCCUCCCCGGUCCUGUGCGAUGGGUGUCGUUAAUCCAGCAGCACCCUCUGCAGCCCGGCACCGCCGUGAGACCGAAACCAAAGGCAGCCAGGCUGUCCCUGAGUUUUCCUGUAAAACGGUCAGCGCUCGUCAGCGGGAGAGACGCUUUGUCCUCAAAGGGGGCCGCGGAGACGUGCUUAGUGCUGUGUGUACCUGCAUCAGGCAGCCAAGGAGCGUCCUGGUGGCUGGCAUUCCACCUGCCCUGCCUGAGGCCCAGAAGAGCGAGAAGGAAAAUAUUUAGCACUUAUGCAGCAGAUUGGCAGGCAGCUGCCCGGUGAGAGACGCAUGGAGGGCUGUGGAAAGUGGGAGUCUCUGUUGUAGGACAUGCGCGGACAGAGGUGUCACAGCGGUGUAGAACUAGAGAUGGACAAGCCCUGUUAGGUCAUUCGUUCCCUCUCCCAGGGGCUAGCAUUGGAUUGUUUCCCUUCAGCACAUCUCCAGCCCCUUGUCCAGUCCAGUUCCAAGCAGUGGGGCUCCCACCCCAUCCCUUGGCUGAUAACCCCCACCAGUGCAUCUCGCGGCCAGGAAAUUAUCCUGAUAUUCAGUCCACGGCUUGGCCUUUCUCUGUUACAUCCCAUUCUUCCUAGUCAUGCCCAGGUGCCCAUCGUGAAUAAUCUUCCCUCUUUGGUGUGUCCGUGCUACAUAUCCAUAGGCUGUCAAAAGAUACUGUUAAAGCAGG